AUGUUGGCAAAGAUCUCUACCACAUGGAAACUGCUUUUAAAGCUGUUGGGCCCUGAAAUUCUAUUCAACAGUUUGAAAUCACUCCACAGCUUUUCUCAUUCACCCUCCCACUUGGGGCUAAUGCAAGCCAUGAUCAUCUAUUGAGGAAAACCACAAAAAACUUCAAAACAGCUACAACGGGAAAAAGAGAGUAUUGUGCCACAGUCAGCAGGCCACUAGCUUCCUAGUCUUCAGUCACCUUCAUUUCUAUUAAAAUGAAGCCUCUGCAGUCUACACUGCUGUUCCUGCUUGUGCCUCUGAUAAAGCCAGCACCACCACCUCAGCAGGAGUCACGCAUUAUCUAUGAUUAUGGAGCAGAUAAGCUUGAAGAAACCUUUUUUAGCCAAGAUUAUGAGGAUAAAUACCUGGAUGGAAAAAGUACUAAGGAAAAAGAAACUAUGAUAAUAGUACCCGAUGAGAAAAGUUUUCAAUUACAAAAAGAUGAGAGUAUAACGCCAUUAACCCCCAAGAAAGAAAAUGAUGAAAUGCCCACAUGCCUGCUCUGUGUUUGUUUAAGUGGCUCUGUAUACUGUGAAGAAGUUGACAUUGACGCUGUGCCACCUCUGCCAAAGGAAUCAGCCUAUCUUUAUGCACGAUUCAACAGAAUUAAAAAGCUGACUGCCAAAGAUUUUGCAGACAUACCUAACUUAAGACGACUCGAUUUUACGGGAAAUUUGAUUGAAGACAUAGAAGAUGGUACUUUUUCAAAACUUUCUCUGUUAGAAGAACUUACACUAGCGGAAAAUCAACUACUGAAGCUUCCAGUUCUCCCUCCCAAGCUUACUUUAUUUAAUGCAAAAUAUAACAAAAUCAAGAGUAGAGGAAUCAAAGCAAAUGCAUUCAAAAAACUGAGUAACCUCUCCUUCCUCUACUUGGAUCACAAUGCUUUGGAAUCUGUGCCUCUUAAUUUACCAGAAAGUCUGCGUGUAAUUCAUCUUCAGUUUAACAACAUAACUUCAAUUACAGAUGAUACAUUCUGCAAGGCUAAUGACACCAGUUAUAUUCGGGAUCGCAUUGAAGAGAUACGCUUGGAGGGCAACCCCAUCAUCCUGGGAAAACAUCCCAACAGUUUUAUCUGCUUAAAAAGAUUGCCUGUAGGGUCAUACAUUUAACCACUAUCAAUGCAGCAUAGCUAAAGUACACACAUACUUAUAAUCUGUCUCAACAAUGUCUAAAGGAGCAUAAAUAUUUAAUAUUAAUUUUGUAUCUGACUAUUGAAGGAACUUAUGUUUUAAGCAAGGAUGUUAAAAAAAGUCUUACAUAUAAGAACAAGUAAAAAGUAAGAUUGACUCUCUAAGUUCAAAACAGAAAUGUGAAAAUAUUUGAACAGAAUUACAAAAUCCCUUUAGUUCGUAAUACAGUACCACUUAAAAGGUAUGUUUUUAUAUAAAUACCCAAAAUUAAGAAGUGUUACAAAGUUAACAGAUAGGUCCAAGAAACUUUCAACUGUCUUUCCUGGUUUUCACUGGAUCCCUAAAGCUUUUAAGGCAUAUGUUCCAAAGACUGAAAAGCUGAAUAUUUCUAAGGAUCUCUCACUUUUCUUUCUUUUAUGAUUUAUACAUUAUUCAUUAUGAAGUAGGAACUCUGUUUUUUUCUUUUAAGGCAGCUACUAUAUUUUUACUUAGCCUGAGAAAUAGGGUAUAGUCUCAUACCUAAGCAAAACUUUCCAAAUAAAGCAUAAUUUUACUCUCUUGACAAAGAGCUAAUAUAGUAAUGUUCAAUUAUUCUGUUGUGUGGUCACACAAUUAAAAGCUUUAGUAAAGUAGUACAAAAAUUUAUUUAAUCUAAAUAAUCAACAUUCUAAGUCCACCAAAAAACAUUUUAGGAAGCUAUAAGUACAUCAAAAUCAGUAUGCUUAUAAAAAAAACUGAAAGUCCACUCUGUUUCUCAGAAUAUAGACAUAAAGUUCUCCAAUGUAAAGUCUUUCAAUUAUGAUGUAACUGCAAAAUAUUUUUUAUACUAUAUGAAUGAAUCUCAUCAAUAAAUUUAUCCAAAUAUAAGAUAUGAAAACAAA